AUGCGCCGGGUUCGUACCCCGUACGCGUACACAUACGGGUAUGGUAGGGUAUUACCUCUCGAAGAACUAUAUGAUCUGAAGCGAAGAGCAUCUAUAGAAGCAGUUGCACCCCUCCUUACCCCUGGAUGCCUUCUAUUGGCGUGUCCUAGAAUAGCAGCGAAUGGAGGGACGCCCACGGUGAGAGGGUCGAGUCAGGACGCCGAUGCUGCUUACCUGCUGGUUUGGUCAACCGACAACGAGGACAACGAGAACACCAGUUUUAUUUUCAAUAGCGAAGAGACAAACCACUCUCAAGCCCAGAAUCGAGGAUAUAUCCUGGGUGAUAACUGUUUUGUGCCCGUCUCGUCUUCGUCUCGUCUCCGUUCCGUCUUUCCCUUUCUUUCCUCGUUCCAGCGUGUCUGCCUCCUGCCCAGCGCCCUCGACUUCCAUCUCCUCUGCCACUUUCACGCGCGUUUUCAUCUUGUAAUCAAGCCCGGCGCACGCUGCAAUUCCUUCACCAUCGAUCCUUUCACCCCCCUCGUCGUGGACAUGGGUCGGACCGUCGACCAGGAAGUUCACGCGGCGUUUGUCGAGUUCCGCGCCAAGGAAGACGAUAAGGACGUCAUCGUCAUCCAGUGUCUCUCGGUCCAGUGCAUCUACUGCCAGCAGAUCCGCGCAAAGAACACCUCGCGCCAGAAGCAGCAUCUGCUCGAAUGCCCUGGCCUUCGCGGCGCCCAGGCUCAACCUCAGACCCAGCCUACCCAGGCCGCUCCCAAUGGCAUCACCGCUACUAAUGGAUACCCUCCAAAUCCUAACGCUGCAGCCGCGACUGCGCCGGGCCCCGCGCCGGGCCACGCUGGGCUUUCGACCCCCGGUGCCGGCAUGAUGCCCAAUGGCGUCGGUCCCCAUGCGACUCCCAUGCAGACGCCGAUGCAGAACCUCGCUGGACGUCCCUCCCUGCCGGCUACCGGCCCCGUCGCUGGCCCUUCAACCGGCGCGCCUCCGCAGCCUCCUCGCGCGACGCCUAAAGCGAAGCCGAAAGCCUCGACGUCAAGCCUCCCUGCCCCGCCUCUCGACGAUGUUCACGCUGCGUUUGUUGAGUUCCGCGCGAAAGAGGAAGAUAAGGUAAGCGCGCUUGGCUUAUUGGGCCCGUUCAACGCAGAAGAAAGCGAACCCGGUCCUGACGAGGAACAGUGUCUCUCCGUGCAGUGCAUCUACUGCCAGCAGGUUCGCGCGAAGAAUACUAGUCGACAGCGCCAGCAUCUGCUAGAAUGCCCGACCUACCUCAGCGUCAUGAAAGACUCGAUCCCCGCGAACAACCUCCUCCACACAUUCCCCGAAGGCGAAGUUGCUCGGUCCCUGCAGCUCCCUGCGCCCACACUCGAGCUCGAUUUCCGUCUGAGCCUGAAGGUCAACCCCAAGGUUGGAGUCGGCCCUGGUAUCUGGGGCACCCGGGACUGGGUUACGUUUGUCGGUGGUCAGUGGGCUGGGCGAUGGGGUAAGGGAGUGGUUGUGCCCGGCGGACAAGAUUGCCAGGUCAUGGCCAAGGAGUCUACGAGUCUUCGAGCGAACUUCCUCCUCCAGACCGCCGACGACCCCCCCGCGUUCAUUGUCGUCAAGACCAAUGGAUGGUUAACAGGCGCGAAAGAUGUGCUGGAUAAGCUCAACAACCCGCAGCUGGCGGACGGCAUCAACGCCAAUUCGUACAAGUACCGCGUUAACCUAUCUAUGGAGACUGGCGAUGACCGCUAUACCUUCCUCAACACACUGAUGUGGGUUGCCAGCGGCUGCCGUAGGGGUCAAGAAAUAAUUCUCGAUUCAUUCCGCGUCAACUAG